ACUCACAUUCCCCGAGCUCCUAGAAAAAACAACUCUAACUCCUUCACCAUACAUUUUUUUCAAUUAAAAGAGAAAAAAGAAAAAUAAAAGACUACAUUUUUUACGCACCGGCCGCGCAGAAAAUUAGUAAUAACGGAAUACAAGGGGAAAGACAGAUUCAGCCAGUACUCCAGUACUGUUAUGAAGCGAGAAUGAGUAGCGCAGAAGACAGCGGGAGCAAGUGCUCGUCGGGCCCGAUUUCCAGCUUUACGAUCCAGUCUAUUUUGGGCACACCGUCCGAUGCGCCGCGCUCCGGAGCCAAGGAGCUCUCCAAGGGGCCGCCGCCGCCGCCGCGAAGGCGCUCUCUGUCGGUAUCCUCUGAGGAGGAGUGCAGCGGCGGGGAGGAUUCAGCAGACUGCUUCUGCUCGGACACGGGUCACAGCGAGCCAUGCACCCAGCACCAACCCCACAAUUUCUCAUGUUUAGGUCCAUCAAAAGGACUUUUGUCUGCAAAUGACGGGAUUGCACGGCGGCCGCACCUGCCACAGCCUCUGCUGCAGGAUUAUAAGGAGGAGCAGGAGAGACCCUGCCAUCAAAUGUCACCUCUGUCGGAGGAGAGACAGACGGACGGUGCGGACAAGCAGAGCAACUCGGCCAAGAAGAAGACGCGCACGGUUUUCUCCCGGAGUCAGGUGUACCAGCUGGAGUCCACCUUCGACAUGAAGCGGUACCUGAGCAGCUCGGAGAGGGCCUGCUUAGCCUCCAGCCUGCAGCUGACCGAGACUCAGGUGAAGACGUGGUUUCAGAACAGGAGAAACAAAUGGAAACGGCAGCUGUCAGCUGAACUGGAGGCGGCCAACAUGGCCCACGCGUCCGCACAGACACUCGUGGGGAUGCCGCUGGUUUUCAGAGAUAACUCCUUACUGCGGGUUCCGGUUCCCAGGUCUAUCGCUUUUCCAACGCCACUGUAUUACCCGGGGAGCAACCUGCCAGCGUUACCUUUAUACAACCUGUAUAACAAGAUUGAAUAUUGACUCUCUGCCCACGACAGCAGCCCACAUAAAACGCAUUACAAAACAAUACAACAUUCUUAUAAAUGUCUUGACAUAGCCCAUGUAUAUUAUAUCACUUUAUUUGUUGAGGAUAUUCUUAUUAUGCAGCAACUGUAGGCUAUGUCUCACAAGAAAGCAAUCAAGCUUCCCUAUGUAUAAAAUACACCAUGUGUAUAAUUAUAAUGAUUUUGUACUUUAUUUUAUUUUACAGCUCCUCCUUUAACUAUAACAAAUAGUGCGUUAUUAACGGAAUUUAGCCUUCAUAUCACAUUAAAGCAA